GUUGACAUACCACUGUAAAAUGGAGUGUUGAAUGUAAACUGAAAUUUGAGAUGGAUAAAAAACACAAAGACAUUCUCAGGACAAAUCGCUCCUAUCUUGUGGAGCAGAUAUCGGACCUGCAUGGUAUACUGGAUGACCUGACGGAAUCAAACAUCAUUAAUGAAAACAUGCGCCAAGAAAUUGAGUCCAAAGAUACAAAGGACAACAAAACCAGGGAAUUUUUGAACAUUUUGCCCAAAAGAGGACCGAGAGCCUUUGAUUGGUUUUGUCGUUCUCUUGUUAAAAGACACCACGGACAUGUAGCGGUUCAUUUAGAUCCGUUCUAUGCUACCCUUAUCCUCCCAGAGGAUCAAAAGACAUAUAGUUUACGGAAUGAGAAAGCAGGAGGCGAUGUAAAGACCAAUGACAAAGAGUUUGAUAAAGGGUUUAAAAAUAAAAACAAGCAAAUGGGAAAGACAGCUAAAGAGGAUGAAAAAACAAUAUAUACUCGACCACUCUCAGUACCAGUUCCAGGAUUAUCACCAAAAGAUCCAAUUAAGUCAAAAGAAAAUUACCCAUCGUCCAAAAUCAAAGGAACUUCCCAAGGUACUGGUGCAACUGGCGAGUCCGUAAUUAAAUCAAGUGAACCUGGCAAAAGUCCAGGGAAGGGAGUAAUGAACAAACCAAGUGCAAAGAUUAAACCACUUCCACCGGACAAGGAUCUGAAUGUUGAAAAUCCUGAGUCUUUGCUUCCAGAGAGCUUACCAGAUCCAAAUUAUGCAAAAGAUGAGGUAUUUGAGAAGGAAGAAGAAGAUGAUGGUGCAGAUUUGCCAGAGACUGCUGUUGACUGGCCAACUGGUCCCAAAUUAGAUCUUGGUCCAUUCUCUACGAUUUUUAAAGUAACUACUCAAGCGCAGGCACAAGCAGUUACGUAUCGAAAUGCAUAUCCCAUGACUGGAAAGAGAAAAUGUUUGGUGAUAUCCAACCAACACUUUGCAGAAAGAUACAAAAUUCGGAGUGGCGGUGACAAUGAUAGAUACAGAUUUCAGAACGUCAUGAAGGAACUCAAUUUUGAGUACAACCUCACAGCCAAUGUAAAGAAGGAGGGGUUACUUGCUUGGUUAGUAGCGGAACGGGAAAAGAUUACCGAAGAUACGUGCGUAUUUAUGUUAGUGAUCAUGUCGUAUGGUUCCAAGGGUGACAUUUUGUGUGUGGACGGCGACAUGAUAUCUCUACAGGAGAUAGUGGACAUGUUUUCCAGCAAGAAUUGCAAGGCGCUGCAAGGAAAGCCUAAGAUUGUCCUGGUACAAGCGGGUGGAAUCAUUCUUGCCGAUAGCAGUGAAACACAAAUGGAUGUAAGCAGCCAGACAAAACAAAUGACGUCCCGAUUAAGCAGACUUAGUCUUGGUAGCUGCUCCUCAUUCAGUCUUACAAACCUGGGUUACGAUGAUGAGAACGAUUGCAAAGGCAAGAGCGACGAUACCUCUUCAGAGGGGGCUUCCUUUUCAGACCCAGUUGAAGAAGAAAAUGAGCCCCCGUCUUGUGCAGAGGGGGGAGUGGAUGUCAAUGACAAUUCUGAUUUUGUUGUUGCUGUUGCAACAAGCGCAGAUGACGACAAUCCAGCCUUUUGCUCACUGUUUAUUCUGGCAUUGUCUUAUAUCCUGUGCAAAUACUCGUAUACAGAUCACUUUCUGACUAUACUUAAAAAGGUAAAUCGACUAAAACUUGACAAGACCACCGAAGAACGGGUAGAAAUAUGCCAGUACAAGGACGCUCUUACAAAGAAUCUGUUCCUUCAACCUCUGUAGAUGGAUUUAAGCUGUGAUAUUGUUUGUACCAGCCUGUGCACCUCUUGUUUUAGCUACUGGGGUUUUCCCUGUAGUUCCUUUGACUUUUUGUUAUCUUUUUUCAGUAAUUAUCAAAUGUAGCUCGUCCGUGUUUCGAAUGAAAAAGAUCGAAGUAUUGCCGUUGAGUUUUUGCCGUCGGUCUUCGUGAAAACUGUUUUAAUCUUGGCCAAAGUAUUAAUUAUUUUCAAGAUAUGUUGAUGAAUCUUAUUACAUAUGUUGACAGUUACAAUGCGCAAUCAUACUUCAUAUUGUGGGCAUCAAUAAGUGUUGAGUUGUGUCGUCAAUAAUUUUAUAGUUUUAUUGUUCUUAUUCUCACACAUGUAGAAUACCUUACAACAUUGGCAUCAAUAAGUGUGAAGUUGUUCCGGUUUAAUGUUUAUAUGUGUAGAAUACCUUACAACAUUGGCAUCAAUAAGUGUGAAGUUGUUCCGUUUUAAUGUUUAUAUGUGUAGAAUACCUCACAACAUUGGCAUCAAUAAAUGUGGAGUUGUA